CCAGAGGCAAGGGCCAAACGAGGAGGCCGAGGGGUCCCGAGUCACAGCCAGGGCCACGGGCCGACCAGGGAGGAAGUAUCCGGGAGCCAUGAUCGAGGUUGUGUGUAACGACCGGCUGGGCAAGAAGGUCCGUGUGAAGUGCAACACGGAUGACACAAUAGGAGACCUGAAGAAACUGAUUGCGGCUCAGACGGGCACCCGUUGGAACAAGAUUGUUCUGAAGAAAUGGUACACAAUCUUCAAGGACCAUGUUUCCCUGGGUGACUAUGAGAUCCAUGAUGGAAUGAACCUGGAGCUUUAUUAUCAGUAGGAGCAGCGGGCCUGCCAGUUCUGCAACCCACCCCCCAUUUUUAAAGUCUCGCUAAUAAAAAUAAUUUAAACACUG